AUUAAUAUAAUUGUUACUGUGUGGCUUUAUCUACAUACAGUAGUAGGUAGUAUUAGGAGUUCGAACUUAAAAAUGUUUUCUUAAUAUAAUGAUAGUCAUCACUAGUGUCAACUGCAAGUGAGUGAAUCUGUUGGUGCUGUUGAAGAGAAACGUGUUGGCAGAAGUGACAUGGCGGCCAUGUACUUCAAAGAAAGAUGUGCAGCAAUAGGCUGCACUUCCCACCCUAGCAAACACAAGCUCUUUGCUUUUCCCAAGAGACUGAAUAACGUGGAAAGGUAUAGACAGUGGGCUAAGGUUGCUAGGAACCCAGCCCUGGAUGUAGAGAAGAUGACACCAGCGUACUUGUGUGCGAAACACUUUGAGAACAACCAGUUCCGGGAUGACGAGAGAACUUUGCUGAUAUAUCGAGCAGUUCCCACUAUCUGCGCUCGAGCUUACGACUCAGAAGAAGAACAGGGCUCGAAGGCAGGGAGGCCUGGGACGGAGGUGUACCAGCGGUCCCCGGUGCCACGAUCAUGCUUCGUGUGCGACGAGGCGGCCGGGCGGGACGGGGUGUCUCUGCGCUUCGGCCUUACCUCAUGCUCCAGCACGGCGCUGCCCACGAAGAUCGGCCAGCUGAUGGGCGACAACUUCAUGAUCGUGGUAACGGAUGCAGACGUGCUGUGCAAGCGCUGUUCGGCACUGCUCAACCACCUGGACAAGCUGGAGCAGGACAUGGGCGUGGUCAGGAAAGCCCUCACCGGCUACCUGAAGAAGAAGUACCACCUCAGUGACGACCUUCAGUCAGCCGGCGAUGAGGAGGACGACGAGCUCACACUGAGCACCCUGAAGCAGCUCGACCGCAGCUUGGACCAGAAUUACAAGAACUUGGAUUUAAAUGACUUCAAUAAGGAAAAUGGUGUUUCUGGUGGGAGAACUGAAAAUUCUAAAUCUGUUGCUGAAGAAUUUUCGACUUCUGAGAGAGAACGCAGAAUGGACGAAAAAGCAAGUAGAAAAUUGUCUACUGGAGAAUUUUCUGAUAGUAUUAACAGGAAAGGUGAAAAGCGACCUCAAAUUGAUGAAAUGACUGUGAAACGAGUCAAAGUUGCCAAGUCGUCUUCAGACGAUGUUACAAUUUAUCGUUGCAUGUCUUGUUCAUUCAGAUCGCCACGUAUGGACCAGUUCAUGCAGCAUUUGAAAGUUCAUCCCAAGAAAACUUACUACAAAUGUUCUGAAUGUAGUAAACACUUUGAGAAUAAGGAGGAUGCUCGUAAUCAUAUUGAAUCAGUUCACAAGUUCAGUGAUGCAGAAUAUGAAGAUGAUUUCCAAGAAGAUAUUGAUGAACCGGAAACCAAGAAACUUUAUGAAUGUGCCACAUGUGGUUAUGAAGAUUCGGACAAAGAAGAAUAUGAAAACCACCUUCAAUCUCAUGAGCCAGUAAAAUUUCAUGAAUGCAAAAUAUGUGCAAAGAAGUUCAGGUCCAAGCAAUUCUUGCAAAAACAUGUUGCAAAUCAUAGGCUUUUUAAAUGUGGAGUGUGUGGGAAAAUUUUUAAGAUUAAAUCUGAUUUGCUAUUGCAUUUCAGAGUGCAUAAAAGUGAUCGUAAACCAGCUAGCGAAGGAGUUGGGUCAGAUAUUCAUAAAAGUUUGUCAGCUGGAGGAAGUGAGCCUGCAGCCAAAAGUAAUGGAACUGAAACACCUAAAACCCAGUUACGUGAGGAUUAUGACAAAGUUGAACAAAUGCUGGAAAUAAUGCACUCUGAAGCACCAAAAUUGCACGUGGAUGACCAGAAAGAUUUGGAGGGAGAGAAGCUGUAUGAGCAGAAUGAUGAAUGCAACACUUGGGAUGAAACCACAACAGACCAAAAUUGGGACAUUGCAAAUGACUCUGCAAAUCGUGUUGAAAGUGAGGAAAUUGCUGAAACCCAAAAUAAAUUUGAAGAUAAAGUUGCUGUCAGGACAAUUGACAUUAUAGAAGAUAAGAUUGAUAUGUCAGCAGCAGCAGUAGCAGUAAACACAGAAGAAGAACAAGAACAAGAACAAGAAGAAGCGGAAGCUACUGAAAAUGAUGUUAAAGACAAGCAUUCUGACACAACUAGUCUUCCGCCCACGAUAGACAAUGAAGACGACGAAUCUCAGUUGCAAGCUGAGGGGAGCAGUGCCACUGAAGAUGCUAUUGACGAUUCCAUGACGGAUGGCAUUGAUCAUUUAUCAGGUAUGAAACUCUCAGAAAUACUUACAAAUAAAACAGACAUUAUGUGUGGUGAAAUAAAAAUGCAGUGUACCAAUAAGUCAUCUUUACCGUUUCAGGUUGACGUGGUUGCUGACGAUACUGAGAAGCUUGAAGGAGAGAGUACCCAUAAACUACCUAUGCAAGAAACUUCUGUACGUAUACAUAAUUCACCCUUAAAAGAAAAUCCUGAAAAUAUGCUCAUCCCAGAAAAAAAGGAAACUAGUGAGGACAAUGUUGAAAUUUCUUCAGAAGAUAUCAACAAACAUUUUUUAACUGUAGCUUCAGAAAAAAAUACAAAACUUUUGGAAUUUCCUUCUUUUGAAAGUACAGAAGUGUCAGCGACUGAAGAAAAGUUCAAUUUUAUAGAAGUCCCAGCAACAGAAGAAAAUUUGGAAUGUAUAGAAGUCACAGAAGCAGAAGAAAAUUUGGAAUGUAUAGAAGUCACAGAAGCAGAAGAAAAUUUGGAAUGUUUAGAGGUCCCAGAAACAGAAGAAAAUUUGCAUUGUAUAGAAUUUCCGGACACAAAUGAAAAUUUAGAAUCUAUAGAAGUCUUUUCUGUAGAAGAAAAUAUAGAGUACAUCAAUUCCCGAGCAACGGAAGAAAAUUUCCAGUGUAUUGAAGUUCCAGCAACGGAAGAAAAUUUACAGUGUAUUGAAGUCCCAGCAACAGAAGAAAAUUUAAAUUGUUUGGAAGUUUCAGAAACAGAAGAAAAUUUACAGUGUAUUGAAGUCCCAGCAACAGAAGAAAAUUUAAAUUGUUUGGAAUUUUCAGAAACCGAAGAAAAUUUACAGUGUAUUGAAGUUUCAGAAACAGAAGAUUUACAAUGUAUUGAAGUUCCAGCAACAGAAGAAAAUUUAGAAUGUGUAGAAAUCCCUGAAACAGAAGAAAAUUUAGAAUCUAUAGAAGUCUCAAUAACAGAAGAUAAAUAUGAAUAUACAGAGGACAAUUUUGAUUCUACAGAAGAAAAAAUUGAUUAUACAGAUGAAAUAUUUGAUUCUACAGAAGAAAAUUUUUAUUCUGCAGUAGAACAUUUUGAAGAGUAUUCUGAAUGUAUAGAAGUUUCAGGUACAGAAGAAGAUAAUGAAUUUUUCCCAAUUUCACUUGCAGAAAAGAAUUUGGAAUUAAAAAUUAAUGUUAAAGAUGAUUAUAUGCCAACAUUAGAAGAGUCAUUCAAAGAAAACAAGUAUGUUGAUUGGCAAGAUACUUAUACAGAAAAUGGUUUUGAAAGUUCUCAGCACUCAUGUGUAGAAGGUAGUCCCAAAGUGAGAAAAUCACCAGAGAAUGUGUUUGUGUGCUCGGUGUGUGGCCUUGAAAAUGAUUCUGAGAGUAAACUGAAGAGACACUAUAAAACACAUGUUGUAAUUGAAAAUAAAUUUUAUGAGUGUCAUAUUUGCAAACAAUUGUUACAAACUGAAGGUGCUUUAGAAGAGCAUCUUUCUCAACAUUCCUUGGGAGAGAAGCAUGUGCAAUGCACAUUGUGUUCGGAAAAGUUUGAAGACUCGUUUUAUUUGCAGCAGCAUAUGGAAGAAAAGCACUCAUUUAGUCACCAGUGUUCGUAUUGUGACGAAGUAUUUCCAAAUAAGAAGUUGUUACUACGUCAUGAAAAAACUCAUCCUGAAAGAUUGUGUUUUAAGUGUGACAGGUGUGAGGAUGCAUUUGAGACAGAAAUCAAACUAAAGACACACUUGGCUAAUGUUCAUGGUGAUACAUCUUAUAAACUUGGUUCUGCAACAAUUUUCAAAUGUGAUCAAUGUGGAAAGGUAUUGACUUCACAAUAUUAUUUAAAGAAACAUAUUUUGAAUCAACACACAUUUUCAAGUGUCUUCAAGUGCAUUGUUUGUUCGGUUACAUUUUCAGAACAGUGGCAGUUACGACAGCACACGCUAGACCAGCAUCCGGUAGACAUUCGGUGUACGUACUGUAAAAGCGCUUUUGCGAACGAAGAGGCAUGCAGACAGCAUGAGGAAACACAUCACAAUGUUCCGUUUGUGUGUGAGGCUUGUGGUAGAGGGUUUGCUUCUCAGACGGUUCUGGACAAACACGAAGUGGAGAUGCAUCGUGAUGAGCCGAACUGUAAAAUUUGCAGCAAAUUCAUUCCUGACCCUUUGAAGCUCUACAAUCAUGAGCGAAGACACAGCAAAUCAAAUCAGAUGUUUGUAUGCGCAAUAUGCAGUAGGUCAUUCAAGACGCGUAGCGGAGUGUCGCAUCACAUGUCCUUGCACACCGGCAAGUAUCCGUAUUACUGUGAGUUGUGUGGCAAAGGUGUGCAUUCCCCAAUGCUGCUCGAAGAGCACAGAGCGUCGCACACCAAAGAAAUCCGCCACAUCUGUGAUCUGUGCGGCCGCAUGUUCUCUUCCAGCAGUACCUAUAGAAUGCAUCGGGUUUGGCACGAUAACCCCUUGCCUUACAAGUGUGACAUAUGUGGUCAGCGGUUCAAACAUACGUCCAUUUUGUCGGUGCAUAAACGUCGCUCUCACACUGGUGAACGUCCUUACAAAUGUCCGUACUGUCCGUACACUUUUGCUGUUGGCAGCACCAUGAAAAAACACAUAAUCUUGCACACAAAGCAGUUUCCCUUUGUUUGCGAACACUGCAGCAAGGGGUUCACGACUCGUCUGAAGCUGGUCAACCACAAUAAGUCUAUUCACAAAGACUUCUCUGGACCGCCACUGAAGCGCCACUGUGAAUACAAAAUGGUUUUGCGCCCAGAUGAGUUAAAAAAGGUAAAAACUGAGAAGUGAAACUGUAACUUGUUAUAUUGUUAGUUAUUCUUUCUAGGCAUGUCUCAUUUUCCCGUCAGCAUUAUGUAAUGUGUUCUAUUUUUUUUUAGCA